AUGCCCUCACAAAAGACAAUCAAAGAAUCCAAAACAGAUGUGUUAAUCAUUGGUGCUGGUCCAUCAGGAUUGAUGUGUGCCUUAUGGUUAGCAAGGUGUGGAAUCCCUUGUAGAAUCAUUGAUAAACGUGCUGGUAAUAUCUUUGCUGGUCAAGCCGAUGGUUUACAGAGUCGUUCAUUUGAAAUCUUCCAAUCUUUUAGUGAAGAUCCGUUUGAUUUUGUUACUUUAGAUAAAGCUUGGAAAGCUGCAAAUCAUAUGAUGGAAAUGAGUUUCUGGUCACCGAACGAAAAGGGAACUUUGGCAAGAAAGUCACGUAUUCCUGAUUUUAUUCCUGGUAUUUCAAGAUUUCAUGAAUGUGUUAUUCAUCAAGGGAAAAUUGAAAAUUGGCUCAAUACUUCAAUUGAUCAGUUUUCGGAAGGUAAAAUUAAUGUUGAACGUCCAUAUUUGCCAAUCUCGAUUAAAAUUGAUGAAACAAAGAAGGAGGAUCAAGAUUAUGCUGUUGAGGUAUUGGUCAAAAAGUUAUCGGAUGAUUUAGCCAAGCCAGAACAAUAUGGAAAUAUUUCAAAUGGGUUAUUUAGAGCAUUUGAAGGUGAUCAAGAUAAGUUUUAUGCUGACCAUGUUAGUGAUGGCAACGUCGAAGACUUUGAACUUAUCAAGGCCAAGUAUGUUCUUGGUUCUGAUGGUGCUCAUAGUUGGGUUAGAAAGCAAUUGGAGAUUGAAAUGCAAGGAGAAACGACUGAUUUCAUUUGGGGUGUUAUUGAUAUGGUUCCAAUCACAGAUUUCCCUGACAUCAGAAGCAGAUGUGCAAUCCAUUCAAAAGAUUGUGGAUCAAUGAUGGUUAUUCCUAGGGAAAAUGACUUGUGUCGUCUCUACAUUCAAUUAAAAGAAGUUGCCAGAGAAGAUGAUGGCAACGAUGGCAAUGGAACUAAGGCAAAGGGAAGAAUUGAUCGGUCUAAAAUCACUCCUGAAUCUAUUGUGAAACAGGCCAAGGAAAUCAUCCAACCUUUCAACUUGGACGUUACUGAUGUAAGUUGGUUUACUGGGUAUCAAAUUGGCCAACGUGUUGCUACUGGAUUCCAAAGAAACAAUCGUGUGUUUAUUUCCGGUGAUGCAUGCCAUACCCAUUCACCAAAAGCUGGUCAAGGUAUGAAUGUAUCAAUGCAAGAUACGUACAACUUGGGUUUCAAGUUGGCAUUGGUUUGUAAAGGAUUGGCUAAACUGGACAUUUUACAAACAUAUCAGUUGGAGAGAAAGAAAGUUGCUCAUGAUUUAAUUGAAUUUGAUCAUAAAUUCUCACGCUUGUUUAGUAGAAAACCAAUGAUUCCAAAUGCUGAAACAUUAGAUGGAAGUAGAGAUGCCGGUGGUGUUGAUUUGGAUGAAUUCCAUCAAGUUUAUGUACAAGGAGGAAAAUUUGCUAGUGGAACCAUUUCCGAUUAUCAAGAUUCAAUCAUGGUUAAGAAAACUGGUGCUAAAUCCCGUCUAGGUGAAGAAUCCGAAGGAGAUUUUCAUCCUUUGGCGAACAAGGUCCCUGUUGGUAGAAGAUUGUUUAGUGAUUUGGUAUUGGGUCAUAUUGAUUACAAGUUGGUGCAUUUGGCUGAUAAGAUGCCUUCAGACGGAAGAUUUAGAGUAGUGAUUUUCCCUGGUGAUUUACAUCAAUACAAAUCUAAUUGGGAUGUUUUGAACAAGUUUAAUGAUGUGCUUGAAGCUAAAGAUAGUUUUAUGAAGCGUUACACUCCAGUUAAUGCUUUCCAGAGCUCAGUGAUUGAGAUCUUAACUAUUCAUGCCUCACUGAGAUUUGAUAUUGAAUUUCAUGAUUUCCCCCAAUUUACUAGAUCAGUUGAUUUCAAAGGACGUACUGAUUAUUGGAGAAUUUUCUGUGGUGCUGGAAAAGCCUAUGAUGGCACUGCUGUUGACAUUUACAAGACUUUUGGAAUUGAUAAACAAGCUGGUGCUAUGUUGAUUGUUAGACCAGAUAGUCAUGUUGCUCAAGUGGUUGAGUUUUCCAUAGAUGGAUUGAAACAAGUUGACGAAUAUUUCAGUGGAUUUAUGAUUGACCAGAGGAAUAAUGUGUUACCUGAAAAGGACAAGAGUGUCAAUGAUGCUACAAGAUUCGUUCAACCAAAGUUAGGAGUUUAA